AUGCCGCCGCGAGGAGGAGGCCGCGCCCGCGGCGGUGGCCGAGGGAGUCAAGCCCCAACUACCCCCGGCCCUGCCGGAGCCUCAUCGCGACCACCAUCACAAGCCCCCUCGCGCGCACCACCAUCGCGAGCAGCAACCGCCGGUCCAGCCUCCCCAGGAACCCAAGCCCAGAACCGAGGAGAACGGGCUCGCCGUCGCGCUCUGCUGGCCGAGGCGGCGGCGGAACGUAACCGUAUUGCUGCGGAGGCCCGGAGGCGCCAUCGGUCGUGGAGUGUAUAUCAGGAUCCGCCGACGCCGGGGGCAGCGGCAGAUCCGGGGACAGGGUCGGGUGAGGCGCAGGCUGCGGAGGGGCAGGCUGCGGAGGGGGCUUUACCUUCGGUACCUGAGGAUGCGGGAUCUGAGGUCAAGUAUGAGGGGGGUUCUGGAUCGAAGCCUACGAAUACAAAGAAGCGGAAGAGGGACGAAGGUGAAGGUGAAGGUGGGAGUGGGAGUGAGAAUGGGACAAAUCUAGGCAAGAAGAAAAAGCCGAGUGGUGAGGGGGAGCAGAAUGCGGACGCUGCAGGUAAUGGGAGUGGAAGUGGGAAUGGUCGGGGUAGUGGGAGCGGUCGUGGGAAUCAUACCGAUGGGACUCCCAGAGGUGGUGCGUCGGCCGCGGGACGUCCACAGACACCUCUCCGGAGAGGCGGAUUCAGUGGUCGAGGGGGGGUCGUCGUUACGCCUGCCCGCGGCGGGGGAACUGUGGCCGUGGGGGGUAAUAGGGGUUCUCCCACUCCUGUUGGUGUUGCUGUUGCUCCUGGUGGUAAUGAUCCAGACAGUAAUGGGAGUAACGAUGGGAAGAAUGGGAAUAACAGUAGGGGCAAUAACGGGAAUGGAGACGGCGGUAAUAACAACAACAACGUCAACAACAACGCCAACACCGGCGGUAGUGACAACAAUAGCAUUAGGAGGAGCAACAGCGACCAGGAAAACAGCCCCAUCCCCAGCAACAAAAGCGCCGACAACCCAAUCCCCACCAUUGAAAAAGAUUCUCCCUCUAACAGCUCACCUCGCCUUCCUCGCCUUCCCACCAGCUCACCCCCCACCAACCCCAACAACGACGCCAACAUCCCCCCACUCGGCAGCGACAUCCCCAACCGACCCGCCGAGCCCAGAUCCCUCGUCGAUACCCUCCUAGCUUCUCUCGCGGGACCCCAAGCCCUCGCUCCAUACCCCGACCACCACCCCGAUCCGCCCCAGGCAGAUCCAACAUCCCCAACAGACCCCUCCCCCCCUCCGCACGCUGUUCCACCCCCCGACCCCGACCCAGACCCAGCAACAGCCACCGCACCCAAGCCGGCACCCCCUACCCACGUUCGCGUCCCCUUCCGCGUCCGAUCCCGCGUACCGACGGGCCGCGCACCCGGUUAUGGGAUGGGGAGUCCGAAUUUUGACUCUUCUUCUUCUUCUUCUUCGCCUGGCUCUUCUCCGCCUGGCCGCCCUGGGUCUGAGUCUUCAACACCGAUUCGGAUCCCGUUUUUGAGUCUUAGUCCGGGGGAGUAUGAUGACCCGAAUCGGGUCGGCCCUGACCCUGAUCCUGAUGAUGGUGGGAGUGGGGGGAGUAGUAAUGGGGAUAGUGGGAGUGAGGGGAGUGAUAAGGAGAACAGGCCAGCAAAUGGGGACGGCGUGAAUGCGUUUGCUGCUGAGCUACAAGGGUAUAUCGAUGGGGAGCUUGAACGGAUUGAGAUGACUGUUUUCUUACGGAUCUGGCUAUUUGCGAACCGGUUGCGGGCACAGUCGAGGUUGAGGGUGGUUGAGGAGACGGGGGCUUGGUUGGAGGGGUAUGGGCGGGAGGUUGGUGCUACACAGGGCAGGGAAAGGGAUAGUGCCAGGUCUAGGUCUAGAUCUCGGAAUGGGAGUCCAGAGGAGGAUGGGGAAGAGAGGGACGAGAACGGGAUGAGGGGCCGUGAGAAUACAUGGAGCCCACAGCCGGGAGGCGGGUUUCCAGGGGGCUGGGGGGAGUUGUAUCUCGUUGAACGCAAUGCUCGCAAGGCAGAGGAGGCUCGCCGUCGUCAAGAGGAGGCCGCUGAGUACGAUUGGAUCCACAGAGAUGAAAACAGCGAUGAAAACAACGACGAGAACAGGCGAGAAAGCACCGAGGAAGCAUUCGGGUUCGGGCUAGGGUUAGGGUUGCGCGCCCACGGACCCUUGGCAGACGAGUUACACGCCCGGUUUGACCAGGCGCAGCGGGACCUACAGCAGGGUUAUCGCGCGCAGAGAGUGCUAUGGCGGCGGCUACUAGAGGUUACGCAGGGCGACUAUGAGAUCGACCCGGCGCGGCACAUGAAUGCGCGGAUGAGGCAGUGGUAUGAUCGGGCGCAGGCGGACGGGGAAGAAGAUGCAGAGUUGGAUGAGCCGAGUGAGGAGGAUGUGGAUAUGGAUGAUGAUGAUGAUGAUGACGAUGCGGGGGAAUACGACGAACUCAGCGAGCAUGUCGAGCCGGGCCUUCCGGGGGAAGACUACCUGCAAACCGACGAGGAGGAGGACGACGACGACGACGAAAUAGAAGAGUCCGACAGUGCCGACCUUCCUGAAUCGCCGAUUCAGGAUCUCCUCAAGCGUCGCGCAGCCGCAACCCGGCGCGUGGGUCGGUAG